CCUCCAGGAGUGAUCAGGAUCAUAAUGAAUCAUUCAAAGAAUCCAUAAAUAUCAAUGUCUUCAAAGAGGAGCUAGGCAAUGAAUUGCGAAACUCGUUUGUCAAUGACCUAAAGGAGCUGGGCAAUGAAUUACGAAACUCGUUUGUCAAUGACCUAAAGGAGCUGGCAAUGAAUUAUGAAACUC